AUGUCUGUCUGCCCUGAGGCGCCGCAUUUGGCAAUGUCCGAAGUGUGCAAAGUACCACGACCACCCCCAAGGCUGUUGAACUCUGACACGAUUGACUUCUGGGGUAGAGGGGGGCGAACACGAGCCGCCAUGUGGAAAAAAGAGGAUACCAUCCUUGCAUCCCCGACAUCCCCAAUCUGUCGCCUGUGGGUUCUUGUGGGUUUCGCGGGGGACAAACUGGAGAACGUCACGGCCGUCCAGGAUCGGACCGAAGGCGGCAUGGACAGCCGCGCCAAUGAAGAAGAAAACGGAUUCCGUCGUGGCAUAAAAUUCGGGGCUCCGGAUGUCAUGUUGCAUCCUCCCGCGGACUCGGCAGGCAAGGGAGGCGUGACGAUCGAUGGCAUGGCGGCAGGGGGGAAGCUCCAACGGCAUAGGUUCCGGCGAAUGGGGCGCGCCCGCUUGUAG